UAAGGCAGCGAGACCCUGAGGGACAGGAGCAGUAGCAGGAUCCGCUCCUGUGCCCUUCCGAUUCCGGGGCUCUGUGCACGGCGGGAAGGCGGCGGCCAUUAGGGUGGUUGGUGGGAGGAGUAGAGCCGCAGUGUUGCAGCCAUGUCCAUCGGGGUGCCCAUUAAAGUCCUGCACGAGGCAGAGGGCCACAUUGUGACCUGCGAGACCAACACUGGGGAGGUGUAUCGUGGGAAGCUCAUUGAGGCUGAGGACAACAUGAAUUGCCAGAUGUCCAACAUAACAGUGACAUACAGGGAUGGGCGAGUGGCGCAGCUUGAGCAGGUGUACAGAGGCAGCAAGAUACGGUUUCUCAUUUUACCAGAUAUGCUGAAGAACGCUCCUAUGCUAAAGAGCAUGAAGAAUAAGAACCAGGGCUCUGGAGCUGGCCGAGGAAAAGCAGCUAUUCUCAAAGCUCAGGUGGCUGCAAGAGGAAGAGGCCGUGGUAUGGGUCGUGGCAACAUCUUCCAGAAGCGAAGAUAAUUUUGGUCUUGACCAAAAUGCUUUUUUUUUAUUAUUAUUAUUAAAGGGGCUCUUAACUUGUCUACAUAUAUGUUGGUAACUUCUGUUUAAUAAAUGUUUCUGACAAAACCCUGUCUGCUGUUAUAUGACAGAGCUCCUCUUAGGCACAAUAGAGUUCUGGCUUCUUUCUGUAGCUGGCAAAUACGUUGGAGGUGGAUUUCAAAGUGCGUUGUCUAGAAAACAGUGGACAUGGAUUUGAUUUCUUUGUACUUUUGUGUGAUGCAUUGAGUUUCAAAGAUCAUCUUGCUUCCUUUUUGUUCAAUACUGCUGUAAUUUACCCUCUAAAGAGUUAGAAGUUAUUCUUCAUGAAGAAUUUUUAAUGUUGUUUUAAGGUUGUGUUAUCACCUGCAUUUACAGAGCAAACAGUCAAACUGAGGUAGCUCCUAGAGAAGCUUCGUAUGGAUCUAUAAUAAAUACAGGUCCACCUUCGAAGCUGUACAUUGAGUUUGUAUUUCUUAUUUCUCUCUUUGGAUGCGGCGAAAACUUUUCAUUAGGAGCACACAGCUGAUAGUAGACAGACCAUUUUAGCCUGGGUUUGUACUUGCCUGAGGUGAUUUGAUUCUGACUGUAUUGGCAGUUACUUGUUUUUUACUGUUGCCUGGGCAGAGAAGCCUGAAUAUGGAAGAAAAGAAAUAAUUUUCAAGCAUUGAUUUGAAGUGUUUCUUAUGAAUCUAAAUGAUGUCUAGGAAAAGUCACAGAAAUGAUUAUCCAUUAUGUAGGCUGACUUUUUGAACAGGACUUAGGCCUGACUUUAGCUUUUGCUAACAUCUAUACACGAUCACGUAGUUCAUAAGCUUAUCUAUAGGAGGCCAAGUUUAGUUGUAGCUUUAGCUUAUUUUUGCUUCAAGUACAAUGUAGUUAUCUUAAUUAAUGGUUGAAAUGUUUCAAUUGGUCUCUCCUGUACCUAAUUGUACACUUGCAUACAGUCAUCAGUCUAUACAUGUAUGAAUGAAACCUGCUUUUCUGCUCUGCUGUGUAAAGACCCCCUUUGUGCAGACAUGGAAGUUGAACUAAUGUACUCACUUGUUGAAUUGUCUGUAAAUAAAGCAGUGUUUGAUAAG